GUUGAAUAUGCGCGUAACAACUGAGUGUUGCGUUACAUUUUGUCGAUAUGGUUGGCUACUCACAGGUGUAAAAAUGGCCUAUAUAACGUUAGUUAGUUUACCGUAAACGAUGUUUUAAGUAACAUAAUAUGCAAAAGGCUCACCAAAGCAGUUUGAAUACACUUUAACAUGCAGAGAAGUACUAUUGAUUCAGCAACUGGUGAACUAGUUCACCAGAAUAAAAAGCUUUUUAUUCUUUUCGAUCUGGAAUCAGAAUGAGCGCUAGCCAAUCCAUAUAAAUGUUGAAUAAAGCAUGCGGGAGCAGAAUAUUACCAUGGAAUGAAUAAGUUUAUUGGCGCUGUGUAUGCAGUGAUUUGGAUUUGGACAUACUCUGCAGAGUGCCGUCGUGAUCAUAGGAAGUGUAAAUAUGCUUUAAAUGCAUUACUUUGUUGGCUCCUACCUCCACUGAGUGUUUACAACAGCAGCUGUGGAUUUAUGUAUUUCCUUGCCUCUGUACAGUGGAUAAAAUAUCGCCGCAUUCUUUUUGGAAAGGAGACCAGUUGGUGGAUUAUAAAUGAUGUCCAAGUAACACACAUUUCCAUGUGGUAUUGCAUUAUUUUUGCAGGUUAUGUCGAGA